CCGUGCGGCCCCGGCAGCGCCCGGGAGCGCCCGGCCCGGCGGCGGGCGCGCUGCAGCCCGGGGCCGUCGGGGACGCGGCUUUCCCCGCGGGAGCCCAGGGACGCCGUCCCAUCGGCGGGGCUGCGGGACGAGGCUGCGAGCAGAAACGAGCUGCUGGAUGUAGAAGGAAAGUAGGUCGUGCGCACGGAAAAUGCCUCUAAGGGACAAGUGUUGUCAGACUGACCACCAUCACCAUGGAUGCUGUGAACCAGUGCAUCUGUUGGAACCUGGUGAUCCUCCAUUAUUGCAGCAGCCUCUGCAAACAUCAAAAUCUGGUAUUCAACAAAUUAUUGAGUGUUUUCGAUCAGGAACGAAACAACUUAAGCAUAUCUUGUUAAAAGAUGUGGACACCAUUUUCGAGUGUAAAUUGUGCCGGAGUCUCUUCAGAGGAUUGCCAAAUUUAAUUACUCAUAAAAAGUUAUAUUGUCCUCCGAGUCUUCAGAUGGAUGAUAACCUCCCAGAUACAAAAGAUAAGCAGAGUCAAGCCAUAAAUGACCUUCUUGAAGCAAUCUAUCCAAGGGUAGAUAAGCAAGAAUAUAUCAUUACAUUGGAACCUAUAGAAACUAAUCAAAAUGCUGUAUUUCAGUAUGUGUCAAGGACUGAUAGCCCAGCUGAGAACACAGAAAGUAGCCAUACCCCUGAUCAAGCUCCAGUACAGGUACAGGAACCCAGCACUGAGCAACCCAAGACUGUUUCAGCUCCAGCUCCAGCCCCAUCUGGGGAGACUGUGGAGUUACCUCCUGCUGAUCCUGUUACAAACAAGGUGAUAUCUGCUCCUGAAGAACAGCCACCAGCAGUAAAUCCUGACUUGGACUCUCUGGAUAAUUCUGAUUAUGGCCACCAGUUGAUUUGUUGCCUCUGUAGGAAGGAAUUUCAUUCAAGACGCAGUGUACGCCGGCACAUUCGAAAAGUACACAAAAAAAAGAUGGAAGAGCUAAAGAAGUACAUAGAAACAAAAAAGAAACUAAACCAGUGCUCUGCAAAAGGACGAAAUAAGAAUGUUCUUGUAACAUUAGGUAGAAGUUGUCCUGUGUGUUAUAAAUCAUUUGCCACAAAAGCCAAUGUAAGAAGGCAUUUUGAUGAAGUUCAUAGAGGAUUAAGAAGGGAUUCCAUUACUCCUGAUAUAGCUACAAAGCCUGGGCAACCUUUGUUCUUGGAUACAGUUUCUGCUAAAAAAUCUUUUAAGACCAGGAAACAAAAGUCGUCUUCAAAGGCUGAAUACAACUUAAGUGCAUGCAAAUGCCUUCUGUGCAAGAGAAAAUAUAGUUCACAAAUAAUGCUGAAAAGGCAUAUGCAAAUUGUUCACAAGAUAACUCUUUCUGGAAAGAACUCUAAAAGAGAGAAAGGACCCAACAAUACUACCAAUGGCACAGAAAUAAAAGUUGAACCAGCAGAUUCUGUAGAACCUUCACCGCCUUCCAUUGCGCUUUCUCCACAGAACGAAUUAAAGGGAACAAAUCAUUCAAAUGAGAAAAAGAACACACCAUCAGCACAGAAAAAUAAGGUUAAACAGGACCCUGAAAACCCUAAAUCAACUUCUAAAUCAACCAAUAAAUCAACCUGCAAAUCAACCCCUAAAUCAACCCCUAAAUCGACCAAUGCAUCUGCUGCAGGUGGCCAGCAAAAAACCAGGAAGCCAAAACUUUCAGCUGGCUUUGACUUCAAGCAGCUUUACUGUAAACUCUGUAAGCGCCAAUUUACUUCGAAACAGAAUUUAACAAAACACAUUGAAUUACACACAGACGGGAAUAAUAUUUAUGUUAAAUACUACAGGUGUCCCCUGUGCUCUUACGAAACGCGCCGCAAGCGCGAUGUGAUAAGACACAUAACCGUGGUUCAUAAAAAGUCGCCUCGCUACCUUGGGAAAAUAACUGCAAGUUUAGAAAUAAGAGCAAUAAAGAAGCCAAUUGACCUUGUUCUAAAUAAGGUGACAAAAAGAGGCUCUCAGAGGGAUGAAACAAAACAGAUUGGUUCAAAACAGGAUGUCACCUCUAAUUCUCCCAAUAAAAAGUAUGAAGGAGCUGAUGUUGGCAUUGAAGUAAAAGUAACAAAAAACUUUUCUCUGCACCGAUGCAAUAAAUGUGGGAAAGCAUUUGCCAGAAAAGCUUUUCUAGAACAUCAUAAGAAAACCCACAAAGCAAAUGUAUCACAUUCACCUGAAGAAAGUAAAACCAAAGGCAGAAGUACAAGAUCUAAAGCUGUUGUCUGGUGAGGAAAAAGAAAAAGUGUUUUGUCUUUUUUUUUUUUUUAAAGAAAACCCCAACAAUACCAUUGCAUUUCUUUUGCUGUUGUUGAUUCAUUGCUGAAAACGUAUUUUCCCAUAGAUUUUAUGGUUUAGUGGCUUAAAUGCAAAAGUAGAUGUCAAAUUAGUUUCUUUUUUUGUUAUAGCAUUUUGGAAAAGAGUUUAUAUUUGUUAUUGUAGAAAGGUGGAAUAUAGAUUAAACUGUACUAAGUCAACUCUUUAAACUGUCUUAAGGCAUCUCUUGUAAUCAAGCUAAUAUACAUACACUUUUCAAAUAGUAAUUUUUUAAAAUUAACAAUAAUUUUGUUUGGUGUGAAUAACUUAACUCAUUUAAUUAACUUUGCUGUGACCUCUUGAAGAAGUACUAAAAGUACUAAAGUAAAAGCUGAUAACAAAAAAAUCUCUAUGAACUUACUGGAAUUAGCAUUUGUGAAUUUAAAUUUUUAUUUUAAUGUGUAUUGCCUAUACACUGUCGACAAAAGUGCAUAGAAAAGAUUUUUUUAGUAUAAUUUGGUUGCUUAGUCACUUUGAUUUGAAAUCAUGGGUUAGGUGCCUGCAAAUACUUCUGAAGUCAUGAAAUUUAGAAUUUCAUUCUUUUAAUGCUUAUUUAUAUAAGCCCGGGUUUGGAGACUUGUUGUCAUUUAGUUUUUUAAAUUGUUCAAAUCUUAUCAAAGUUUUUUGCUUUAUGCAUCCAAAUGUAUUCAAGUCUGGCCUAGAAUUUUCUAAACUUCUGCUUAUGUGGUACUCUGGGAAUUUCUUACACUUGGAGGGGUUGUAUUUGUAGUUACUCAGUUUUCCAUAGCCUUGAUGUUAAAGGUGGCCUAUUUUUAGAGGACCUUUUAAAAAAGAAAAUAUUUGUGUGCAGUCAUUUUGUAUUUCAAAAUGACCAACUGCUGAAGGUUGGGGAUUGUACAAAAAUAUGAUGAAGAGAGACUGUAGUGAUACUUGUAGGAGUUUUUAACAUCCUUAUUCAGAAUCAUCUUUCGAGCAUAUUUGGUAAAAAGAAAACUCAGUAUUUGUGCCUUGUUCUGUAUUUCAACUCUGAAAUGCUAUUUUCCGGGAGGUGACUUGAUUUGAGUUCAGCUUUCACAGUGAAUAACCACCUAGUUAUGUUAAAUUGUGAUGUGGUGCUUUUGUGACUUUCUAAUAAAUCCUGAGCAAAUUAGGUUGAACUUCAAAAAUGAACUGAGUUGAACCCUGAAUUAUGCUGAAUUCUAGAGGGGAAGUGACUUCUGCAUUUUGAAUAAGAAUUAAAAAUUUAACCUUAUAAAUUAUUUGUGUUGUGUAGUUUAAAACAGAAUUAUAUGGGUAAACUCAAAGUAUUAAUUUAUUCCCAUUUCUCUUCAGAUAGGUUCAAGUGAUGUUCGGAAAGUUUGAAGUUCAUUUGAAUGAAAAAGACUUUAAUUUGUUGUUGGAACUGCUAAUUUUGGUAAUGGUACUAUAAGGAGGAAAUACUUUCAUAAGCUGUUUUUUUUCUUAUUAUGUUAAUAAUCGUUCUGACUGCUUGUAGGACAGUACCACUUCCCAAAAGACUCAAGUAGUUGAAGUAAAAUGCACAUGCUCCUAAAUUAGCACUUAUCCCUAUGUAGUUUGACCCAGUGUAGAACAAACUUCCUGAAAUUGAAAAAGAGUAUACCAGAGUCAAGGUAAUGAACAGCAGCUUUGGAAGAAGGUGGUUUUUCCUCCUUUAAGAAAUCUUCAGAAAACUCACCAUGCAUACUGGUCCUCCCUGGUAGUGCUAAUUGAUGGACAAACUUGGAUGUGAUAUUCUACUUUGGUAAACAUUGUAUUAUAUACUGUUUUAAAUUUAUUACAAAUGAAUGUAUAAGAGCAAACAAUGUAGUGUUUAUUGGCUGAAUUCUACUAAUUUUUAGUAUUUGCCAUAGAAUUUAUGGCAAAUACUAAGUUUUUUCAUAUUGACUAAUUUCCCAAUUUAAGGACAUUCUGAAUUUCACUGUGCUGAAGUUGCUUCAAAGACCUCCAUUUUAUUUCCAUAUGUGGUUCAUAAGAAAACUUUGUAAACCUGUAGGAAGUUUACAAAAAUAUCCACAUUCCUCUAUUCUUUAAUUUUUAAAAAAAAUUUACACAAGCACUUUAAUGAUAGUUGCAGUUUAUUUUUUCAGUUUAUUUUUGAAAGAUCAACACACUAAUGUUAAUAUGAAGGUAGUGAAUAUUUGCUGAUGUAUUAUAGACAAUCUGUGCACAACCACUUAUAAUGUUAGCUUUUUUCAUUAAAUAUUAAUACAAAAAGGGAGGAUAGUUUGGGAGAAACUCAAAAUUUAUUUUCUCUCAAAAUUGUAAAUGACCACUGUGGGUAGCACUUGACUUUGUGUAAUUGGAAAAUGGUUUAGAUACCUUUUUUUAACCUUUUAAUCAAGAUUGUAGUAAAACAGUUGCAUGCCUACCAUUAUGAAGUUCUUGGCAGGUUUCAUGCAAUCAUGAGUUUUGUUUUGGGUUUUUUUUUGUUGUUUGGGGUUUUUUUUUGUUUGUUUGUUUGUUGGUUUUUUUUGGUGGUUUUUUUUUUUUUUUUUUUGGUUUGUCUUUUUUGUUCAUUGUUUUUAUUUUUUACCUUUUAGAAAAUAUUUUGUUUAGUGAUUUGUGUCAAAUUGCUACAAUUUGAAACGUAUUGUACAUCAGAAUAAGUACCAUGUUUUUUAUAUCGGUUCACUCCCUUACUUAGGGAGGUGCCUCAUGUUCAUAUAUACUUUUUUGUAUAAAAUAUAUCUAAAUGUUGAUCACAAGAUCAGGAAUAAAAAUGCUUUUAUGGAUAGAGAACUAUUUGGCCCUGUUAGUGCAUUGCACUAAAAAUACUGUGAAUGGGAACUAAGAUUGUAGCUUUGCUCAAAAUGUUCUAUAUUGAAUGUACAUGCUUUUGUUUGGAUAAAUGUACUGUAUUUGAUGGAAAAUAAAGCAGACUGGAAAUGAUUUUUAAGUGGGCAUAAACAAAAAGAUGUUGUGUUUGUAAAGUUGGGAUAUCUCACUCCACAAUUGGAAAUUACAUUGUUUGCAUUUUGUAAAGUUUUAUUUGUUGAUCAUUGAAGCUAGUUUGUAAUACUCUGUUGUAAUAAAUGUGGUGUUUUUUUUAAUUAAAAAUUUGGCACUUGUGGAGUGAACACUUCACACUGGUGGUCAACCCUUGCUGUAUUUUGGGCAAACACUGCUCAUAUUGGCCUUUUGUUCCUUGUAAAGGAAUCUCCUCCUUAACUGAGGAACACUUGUUGUUAUUACCCUUUUAGAACAAAAUAUUGAAAAUAUAGGCUAUGCUGGGAUUUUUUUUUUUUUUACAAGAAAAUAGGAUUACCUAGCUUUCCAUUGGAAAGAACAUUGAUGGCUGCUGAAGGUUCCUUGUUUUCAUGGCUGGAUAUAAAAAGGAACUGCCAUAACCAUUGUUUAUUCUUUUAUAAAAGAAGACAGGCUAUUCAUCUAAGUGCAUUUUAAGUCAUGUUCCUGAGUGCCUGCAGAUUAAGAUUGGGAAAUUAAAAAGCAAACAUAGGGAUAGAAUAAUUGUUCAUUUCUCAAUUUAUCCUUGUGGUUUCUGCUGUCUGUUCUGGGUAAGUCUGUAAUCUGUGUCUUGAGAUACAUGAAGAUGAAGUUAGUCCUGUGUCAAAGGUAUGCUUUCUGCUCACCAGCACACCGAAUAUGAGUUUUUAAUCAAGAUGCAGUCUUGCAGCACUGGUGGGGUGCAUUGGUCUGGCUCAUUUCACUCACACUAGCCAAAGACAAAUGUAGCUUCUUUUAGUGGACCUUCAGAAUUUAUGUUUAGUCUUGUUGAAAGAGUUUUUUAUUUAGAAUGAAUGUGAGAUACUUUACAGACAACACUUGGGAUGAUCUAAACAUUUUGUAAGCAAGUCUGUCCUUUUUUUUUCCUUUUAAGUGAUACAUGUCUUCUAAUGCCAAGGCUUGAGGGGCUAACUUUCAGGGACAUGAACUCUUAUUUACCAACAAGGGAAUCUCACUGAAAUGGUGGCACCAGGCUUGCUAAAGUCUAAUAUACUGAUGCAUGUCUCAGAAUCAUCUUUAAUUGUCUCUCAGCUGAGGUUGUUGGUCUUCCUGGUUUUAUGGUUUUGGUCUUUAUUUCUAGAAUGGUUUCUGGUUUUAUGUUUUGGGACGGUCUUUUUUACCUGAAAUGUUUGAUUUCUGUAUGAAAUGUCUGAAAUGUUAGGCUUGAAGUCCUUGUAGUGCUUUUGGUAGUGGUUUCCUCAAUUUUGUAGGAGAAUAAAGAAAGCUAGCUUAGAUAGUUGAUGAUCAUUACCA